AUGAGCGGGGGAACCCCUUACAUCAGCAGCAAGAUCAGCCUCAUUUCCAAGGCAGAGAUCCGCUACGAGGGCAUCCUGUACACCAUCGAUACCGAGAACUCCACCGUAGCCCUCGCCAAAGUUCGGUCCUUUGGUACAAAAGACAGACCAACAGAUCGACCGAUACCACCUCGAGAUGAAGUCUUUGAAUACAUUAUAUUACGAGGAAGUGAUAUUAAAGAUGUCACUGUUUGUGAGCCACCAAAACCACAAUGUUCUUUGCCUCAGGACCCAGCCAUUGUUCAGUCUUCACUAGGUUCCUCUACUUCUUCAUUCCAAUCGGUGGGUUCAUAUGGACCUUUUGGCAGGAUGCCGACAUACAGUCAGUUCAGUCCAAGUUCCAUAGUUGGACAGCAAUUUGGUGCUGUAGGUGUUGCUGGAAACUCUUUGACAUCUUUUGGAGCAGAAGCAUCUUCAAACAGUGGUACCUUAUCCCAAAGUAAUGCCGUUGGGUCUGCCUUCACACAGGGUUCGAGAUCUCUAAAACCUCAGUUAUCACAAGGUCGUUCAAGCCCUCAGUUAGACCCUUUGAGGAAAAGCCCAACCAUGGAACAAGCAGUACAGACCGCCUCAGCCCACUUACCUGCUCCAGCACCUGUUGGGAGAAGGAGCCCUGUAUCAACCAGGCCUUUGCCAUCUACCAGCCAAAAAGCAAUAGAGAAUCAAGAGCACAGGCGAGUUGAAGUGCAUAAAGUUCCAAGGCUAGAAAAUGAGCAACUUAGAAAUGAAAGCAAGAAACAAGUAGUUCCAGGAGCUCCUUCAGCUCCAAGGAGAGGCCGUGGGGGUCAUCGAGGUGGCAGGGGAAGAUCUGGUAUUCGGAGAGAUGGGCCAAUGAAAUUUGAGAAAGCCUUUGACUUUGAAAGUGCAAAUGCACAAUUUAACAAAGAAGAAAUUGACAGAGAGUUCCAUAAUAAACUUAAAUUAAAAGAAGAUAAACUUGAGAAGCAGGAGAAACCUGUGAACAGUGAAGACAAAGGAGACUCAGGAGUGGAUACCCAAAACAGUGAAGGAAAUGCUGAUGAGGAAGAUCCACUUGGACCUAAUUGCUAUUAUGACAAAACGAAAUCCUUCUUUGAUAAUAUUUCAUGUGAUGAUAACAAAGAACGGAGACCAACAUGGGCUGAAGAAAGAUUAAAUGAUGAGACGUUUGGAAUCCCACUACGUCCAAACCGUGGCCGUGGCGGCUACCGGGGCCGAGGAGGUCUUGGCUUUCGUGGAGGCAGAGGGCGUGGAAUUGGCAGGGAUGGCACCUUCGCCAGCCCUCGAGGGUUUCGUGGUGGAUUCAGAGGAGGUCGUGGGGGCCGAGAGUUUGCAGAUUUUGAAUAUAGGAAAACCACAGCUUUUGGGCCCUAA